AUGGCGGCGGGCCGCGGGGGCGGGCGGCGGCUCCUCUGCGCCGCGGCCGCUCUGCUCCUCGCAGCGGUGCUGGGUUCCGCCGCCUUCUCCUCCUCCUCCUCGGCAGGCAGCUCCGGCAAGCCGCGGAGCCGCGUGCAAGUGCUGGUCGGCUCCAACUGGAGCCUGGUGUUGCAGGGCCAGUGGAUGUUGGAGUUCUAUGCUCCUUGGUGUCCAGCUUGUCAACAGAUUGAAUUGACAUGGGAGAGUUUUGCAAAGGAAAGCGAACAUCUAGAUAUCACUGUGGGAAAGGUGGAUGUCACUCAAGAACCAGGCUUGAGUGGUCGUUUCUUUGUCACAACGCUUCCUACAAUUUACCAUGCAAAUGAUGGAAUAUUUCGCAGAUACCGAGGCUCACGGACAUUGGAAGAUCUUCAAGGUUAUAUUUUGGAGAGAAAAUGGGAAGCUGUGGAGCCUGUAGCAGGAUGGAAGUCUCCAUCUUCUAUAAUGAUGCAUGGCAUGGCAGGACUAUUUCACUUCUCUGGAUGGAUCAGGCAAAUUCAUAGCUACCUCACUGGCACUCUUGGAAUUCAUGUUUGGAUUUCUUAUGCAAUCUUCAUCUUAGCUACUUUAUUGAUUGGCCUGUUCCUGGGUUUGAUACUGGUUUUGAUUUCAGACUGCCUUUGCCCCUCCAAGUCAAGAUACAGAGCUGAAACAUCUGAAGAAGCAAUUACAAAGGAUAAUGUGGAGAAUGCAGCAUUAGAAGAACCAGAGGAGGCUGCAGAGCUUUCCGCAGAUGAUGUGGAAGAGACUGCAGAUGUAAAAGAUCUCUCAGAUGGAGAAGAUGCAGCAAAUUCAAGUGCUGAUGACUCAGAGGAGGAUUUAGCACUCGGAAAAGAAUCAGGGGAAGAAGAAAUGGAAGACUUAAGUGAACAACCUGUAGCUGAUUCAGAGACUGAAAGCUCAGUAAGACAGCGUAAAAGUCAGGUGGCUGAUAAUGGACUAUAGUUGUUUGGGUGGUGUAUUUUGUACACUUGGACCAAAGAAGUAUCAGACCCUGCGUCUGAAGCUUACACUUGAUUUGUCACUUGUGUUUACGCAAAACCUCUGCUCUAUCAGCAGGCUUCUCUUUUUUUUUUUUAAGUUAGUACUUGCUCAUUGGGUUUGUUUUAUAAGCACAUGUGCUGUGUAUUGUAUAACUUUAGCCAUGACAAUCAAAAUAAGUAUAUAUUAUCUGUUUGAAGUCUUCUAAGAGAAAAGGGGUGUAACAGAGUCUCAGUUCACCAGCUAUAAAAUGGUCCUCUAUGCUUGUGUUCCUUUGUGAGUGUUGACCUAAGCAAGAUCAGGACUUUUAACUCUUUACAGUAGCUUGGCAGGACUGUGACUUUUCUGUCUGAAUGUUUGUUUCCUAAAUGCCACAGAAGCACCAGAUAAGUGAUACAGGAAUGAAAGAAGGCACCUUACUAGUCUUCUAUUAAAAAUGUUGUGUAUGAUGGGCUUAUUUUUAUCACUUUCAACCGAAGCACCUUUCUCUUUCAUUUUUAUUAACAUUUGUUGUGAAAGUUUAUCAUACAGUACGCCCCCAGAUUUUUCAGCUUUUGGUAAUUCAGAGGCAUGCUGCACUGCUCAAGCUUGUCAGCUGAGUUUUUUGACCCAAGGAGUUUGAGUAAUUGAAAACCUCAGGCUGAGAAAGAGUGGCAGCUAAAUGUUUAAAAUAUGUUUGAACUUUUAAAAGGUUUAAAGGAAAUUAUUUUGGUCAGGGGAGAUUUUUGCCAAAGCAUGACUUUUCUCUUUUUUUUUUUCCUCCUUUAAGAGAUUGUAGCAAGUUCUGCUAUUUCCAACUCAGAAUACUUUUGGCAGAACUCAAACUGCUUUAGUAACAUUAACUGAAAAGGCACUUAAGGCUUUACCUUUGAUCACUUUUCUACUUUUUGUCACUGGAAUUGGCACGUUAGGAAAAGAGAGGGGCAUGGGUGGGUAGUGGGGAGAAGCUUUUGUUUUUGCUACUUAUAUCAAGAUAAACGUGUCUAUUGAACUGUGUAAAGUGAAAAUGGCUUGUCAGUAGACAGCAUUAGGUGUCGUUAGAAGACUUAAGUCAUUAAAGGUAUCACUGUUUCCCUCCUUUGACUUGGUUAAUAUAUAAGGCGUUUCUUUUGGUAAGGAAUACCUACAGUGAGAUCCUGUAUGUUCCUGUUUUGUUGAUACGUGAUCAUGUGCUUAAGAUGUGUCUUAAUCUCGAUUAUUUUUUUUAUAUAUAUUGCAUAAACCUUGCUAACAUGCAUGAAUUUCAUCUUGUUCUUCAAGAAUAAAGAGUAAUUGGAGAUGAAAUAAUCUCUCAUUAGAAGAGACAAGUUGCAAGUGCAAAAUGCUGGUUUCCUUUGAGACUGAGGUUAAUAGGGCCAAUUUGUGUUGAAUGUUUUGG